AUGUCAGCACCGGUCACACCACGCAAAGCAUCCGCGUCAAGCACGAAAAGCACCGCCUCGAGCACUCCCUCAACCUCCACCUUCUCCUCCCCAACCUCCACCCGCUCAGACGGCUGUCCCUUCAGCCCCGGCAUCGUCUUCGACCGCAAGCCCUCCUCACCCCUCCCAAAUGCAAACACUCUCUACGUCGUCGUCAAACUCGCCGACCCCUUCAAGCUCGACGCCAUAGCGGGCAGUACCGUACUACCAAGCAGACCACCCAAGCGUCCCCUGCUCGCACGUCUGGGAACCCGCCUUUUCGGCCCAAAAGACACGCACACAUACAAAGCGAUCAAGAUGCCCCGAAGCGCCUAUAACGCGCACUUCCGGCGUGAUGCUCGGCGUAAUUACAUCGAAAGUGAAGCAGAGCGGGAAUGGACGGAGGAGGAAUUGAUGGCGGAGUUUGGCGAGUUUCAGGAUCAGCCGUUGGGGAAGGUGGGGUUGUGUGCGAUUUGA